GCCGUCAGGAAUCCGUGUAGGAGCUGAUCCACCACUACAGCAGGUUCCUGUGCCUCCAGCUUUACAGAAAGAAGUGCUGGAGGGAGGCGCAGUGACAGGGGCACGACAGGGAAGUGCUGGGUUGCUCAGGAUGGAGCCGAAUCAGCCAUUCCUACAGGGCAGCACAGCAGAAGGCAGACUAUGAUCUACAGCUGAUGUCCGGCCACUUAUCCUUGUCCAGAUGCUCAGUGCCUGCUGAUGGUUUGCCGUGGAGCCCCUUGCACUAACUGCUCAUCCCCUCCCCUCAUCCCCAGGACCCUCCUCACUAAUGACUGGCUGGAUUGUUCUUCCCAUCAGCUUGACUGCGUUUUCUAUCCCAGGAAUAUGGAUUGUUUACGCCAUGGCUGUAAUGAACCAUCACGUGUGUCCCGUGGAAAACUGGACCUACAAUCUAACGUGUACCGAUGACAACACCAAAGCUGGGACCCCAAAAUCUUGCUGCACCCUAGAGGAUGUCCCACUUAUUAGUAAGUGUGGUACAUACCCUCCCGAGAGCUGCCUUUUCAGUCUGAUUGGAAACGUGGGAGCAUUCAUGGUGGUGAUCAUCUGUCUGCUGAGAUACAGUCAGGUCAUAGAGAUCAGUCAGAGAUCCUGGUUGAACACUACGGCUUUGAUAGCCGGCUGCACUAAUGCUGCAGGACUGGUCAUGGUGGGAAACUUUCAGGUGGAUUAUGCCAAGUCUCUGCAUUAUAUUGGUGCAGGAGUGGCGUUUCCAGCUGGAUUGCUCUUUGUGUGCCUCAGCAGCAUUCUUAGCUACCAGUUAGCGGCCAGCGCGCUUGAUUAUUGGCUGGGACAUCUACGUGUCAGCCUCACCAUUGUGGCCUUAAUAUCUCUCGUCCUAACUGGUGUUUUCUUCAUCCAGGAAAGCUUCCUUAUGCAGCACUUGGUGGCCAUCUGCGAGUGGAUCUUUGUCCUUGACAUCCUGGUCUUCUAUGGAACCUUUGCCUACGAAUUUGGCUCUGUCUCCACGGAUACAAUGAUGGCUGCUCUCCAGAGCUCUGCUGCCCGCAGCUGCAAGUCUCCAGGAAGCUCCAGCACCUCCACCCAACUCCAUUGUAACGCCGAGAGGAUCGCUAUGAUAUGAAGGGCGGGGCGUCUCAUCACCCUUCAACACUCAGGACAUUUAUGAAACUUUUUUUACCAAGUAAAUGAAACAAAGCCAAUUUUCAGCCAAUGCACAGCCAGACGGGUUUAAGCAAUGGGCCAUGUGGUAAUUUAGUAUGCAAAUGGAAGAGUAUUAAUGGUGUCUUUUAUUUUUUAAUAAUUGGGGUUUUUCAUGUAUUAGGUUUUGAUACCUUCAACAGUUUAUUCAUAUUUUGUUGUGGGCUAUUUUAAAGCAAAGUUUGGCAGGACUUGCCUGUCUCUUUUCAGGUCAUGAAAUACUGAUUAUAUUUGAUAGAAAGGGGGGAGAAUAAGAAGGGCAUUUCUGAAAAAUCCCAGACAAGUGCAAAAUACCUUCAGGCAUUCCUUCCACCCAGCCUGGUGCUCAUAAACUCUGUGGCUGAGGAUGCUAGGAGUUUAAAGGGCAUGUAAAGGCAAAAAAAAUCAAAUCCCAUUUUUACUUUCUUUAAUGAAAAAGAAACCUAUCUCCAAUAUACUUUAAUUAAAAAA